UGCAUGUAUUUGAGUAAGUACGCACACACACGUACCUACAUAGCGCUAAAGCAGAUUUUGUCAAGCAAAGGAGUGUUCAACGCCAGCACCUAUGGGCAAGUGUGUAUCAAAGCAUCCCUCCGUACUAACAAUCGCAUUAUCCGAAAAGGAUUUGGCCACAGCAAACCAAAUUUGGAGUAAAUUUGCUGAAAGCACUGAAUAUAUUGCGCUCAAGGACGAGCAUGGAAAUCAAUUAUGUGAGUAUUACUAUGUGAACGGCAAGAAGCAGAAACAGCAGCAGAAGCAGCAGCAGCAGCAGAAGGUGAAGGCGAAGUCGAAGUCAAAGGCAGCAAAAGAGGCGAUUGAGUCAACGGAUGAGGACAAUUAUGCAAACGCUACAAUUGACGACGCCACAAAGUCGGCUAAACAAAAUCAAAAUUCAAAUGAAAAUCAGAUACAGAAGCAGAGUCCGAAUCCGAAUCCGAAUGCAAAACAGCAGCAGCAACAGAGUCAACAGAAAGGCCGAAACAAAAAGCGAUCGAAGUCAGAAAUAGUACAUACACACAAAUCUACACAAGAAAGCACAAACCAAUGGAUAACAAGCAAUGCAGCAACAAAAAAUGUAACAACAAUAACAAAUGGAACAGAAAGUCAUGCAAAGAAGUUGCGUCAAAAUUGUGCUACUUCUCUUGAAGUUACUAAUGUCGUUGAUGACGCAACGACAACAACAGAUUUAGUGUACGCCAAUGUAAGUGGCUGUGAAUAUUGUACCGUUGUCAGCACCACUGAUGAUGAUGACGACGACGACGACAACGAGGUGGAGGAGUAUGAUGAGAGCGUAGAGAAUGAGCCGGUAAUUGGUGUACGCCAUCACUAUGGUCUAGCCGCCCACGCUGUUGUAAUUGAUAGCAUUCAUACAAAUAUAGCCACCUUUGAUGCUUAUAAAAGCCAACAACAACAAAAUAGUUUGGCUCAUUUGUUAGUGCAGCCAGAAGAACAGAAUGUUGGCGACAUGAUUGCGGCUGAUGGCAACAAUAAUGUAAGGAGAUCACAAACAAAUCACAAAGAGCAUCAUUUUAAACAGCAACAACAACAACAACAGUUGCUUGCCAAAGACCAAGCGCAAUUAAUAAACGGUGAAGUGUGCAAAGUCAAUAUUGGUGUUAAAAAUGUUGCUGCAGUUGAUGAGAGCAGUGAAGUAAGCGAAAGGAUAAACAGCAACGAUUACUUAGCGGUGGCAAGCGACGAUGCCACAGAGGGGCAGGCUGAAAGUAAAAAGCAUAUGAAGAAACAUGGCGGCAGCACUACUGGCACAACUGGCACUGGGAUGGGCAUUAUCGAGACCAAAGGCACUGCGAUGUCCUUCGGCUUUCGCAAGAAACUCAAUACAACGCCAAAGAAGCUCAAGAAAUUGCUGGAAGCCAGCGUUGGCGGUGUGACUGGCGGUGACGCAAAAAAGAAACAAGACAAGUGUAAUAAUAUAACAACAACAACUUCACGCGAUGGUAAUUCUUCAGGCGAGGAUAAUGAAAAAACGGGAACUCAGCAGGAUGACGGUGGCAAUGGGCAGCCGUUAUUGGGCGAAGAACAUCAGGACGACAAUGGCAAUGCAGAGCUUCUGUCGAAAGUACAUUUUGAGAAAAUGGGCGCGGCGGCCGCAACGACACAGCGAUCUAAUCAAAGUACAGGGACCACAGGUGGCGGCCAAGCUACCAACCUCCCUGGAGUCGCUUCGCGUUUCGGUUACCGCGGUUCAAAUAUUGCGCGUCCGGCAUCAGCUGGCCUAACACAGCGCUAUCAAAUGGACAUGCAGGAAAAUGCAGAAAACAACAAUAACUAUGGCAACAUCAAUCGAAUUGUUGGUGACGUGGACGUGAAUGGACAACGAAAGCCGCUUGUGAGCAACUUGAAACGUCGCUCGAAAAGUGCACAUGCCGGCCGGGCAUUGACUUCAGGCGAUGAGACUAGUGAGUCGGGUAGUGGUAGCGAUGCUGCCGGCCGCCCAAAAAUAACGCAACCCAAAUCGAUAACGUUCAAUUUGAGUCAGAAUAGCACAAUCGAGUAUCAGCGGCGACAGUUCUUCGAACAGCCAAGCACCUAUGGCAGCUAUGGUAGUGGACGCAACAGCGGCAGUAGUUGGACACAUCAGCCAACGUACCAGUCGCAGCAGCAUCAGUCGCGAAACGUCAUCAACACGGGCAUGCAUACAAAUGUUAUUGUGCGGCCCACACCACGGGCACCACCAGCCAGUUUCUCGAAAUUCACCCUACACACAGUGAGUUUGCCCAAACCGGAAUUCCCAGUGGCAAUCAGUGUGGGCGUGACCACACCUACUACACCGGGCGGCGUUUACACACCUUCUCCCGUGAUGACUAGCACAAUGUCGGGGGCACGCGCUAAAGAAAUCCAACAGCAGCACCCUUUAACUGUAGUAGCGUCCGCCAGCGUAACACACACAGCCGGCGGCCACAUGGACCUCAAGACAGCUAAACAAAUGGCUAAUAAUACGCGGCGUGGCUUCUCAGGUAGUCGUGAGAUCUCAGCUGAUUCAGGUAUUGCCAGCAUGGACAUGGCAUUAGAUAGUUCUGUUUCGAGUGGUGGUGAUGGUGGUAGCAUCGCAGGUCGUAGAGCUUCGCCCAAACGUAGCCGCAGUCGUCCGCGUAAUCUGCAAAUGGUCAUGAACGGGCGUCACAAAUUUCAAGUACGCGAUCUGGACGACCCAUUAUCGAGCGAGUCCAGUUCGAUUGUGGAACCGCUAGCCUUGCCGAAGUUACCGAAUGAGAAUCAAACUGUACCGCUUCCACUCUGUGGUCUGGUACGCUCCGAUACUGUAUUAAGUCGAGAGAGCUAUGAGCGAAAUGGAGGAAUUUUUGGCAAUAGGAGUGAGGCUGGCGGCAAUCAGGAGACGAAACAGAUCGACGUGGCCUCCGCCCAGUGUACCAUAACGCGAAACUCCUCAGAGGAAAGUGAGUGCGUCGAUGAAGAGAAACUCUACUUGGACCGCUCAACAUCAGAGAAAGGGAAAAGAUUUAAAGACAUCAAUACUUGUUCGAGCAAAACAUCGUCCCCUGGCAGCUCCAUAAUGCUCUCCUGGUGCAAUGCCGGGGAGUCACUUGCAGUGAAAGACUGCAGCAGUCUCAGUAUUAGCAGCGAAGACAGCAACAAACUGCAAGAAGAGGGGCGUAAGGAUAAGGAUAAGGACACAGAUACUGAGAAGUAUGACAAGCAAAAAGCUAUGAAAAUGUCUGUCGAUUUGAAUGACGAUGACAUAAGUGGUAUAGUUACAGACAUGCAAGCCAGCACGCUAUCUUCUCUCACCGAAAUCUUGCCAAAUGGAACCAACUUGCCAACAACAACAGCACUCACUACGCUACUACGAAUUAAUGUGGACAGCUCAACUUUACCUGAGAGCCCCGAGAUGGAUAUACCAGAUCGUCCCAAAUCAUUUUACAAUACGCUUAAUGAAACGAAAUUUGCCGAAAUGGCUUUGGCUGGCAGCACUUAUCUAUUGGACGACGAAACCUCACCCACAGAUAGUUUGGUGAGCAGCACGGAAUCCGAGGAGGCGGCCAGCAAGCAGAAAAAACACAAAAUAAACGAAGAAUUACAAGAGAAGGACAUCGAUGAGAUUUCACCCGAGCUGGAAAUGGGUAGUCCCAUUUCGCCAGGCACGCCCACACAUGCAUCACAUUCGCUAUCUCUGUCGGAUUGUGGCAAUUUGAUUGACGAUGAGAUCGCCGAUCAACCGGCUUUGCUGUUUAACAGCGAGGCGCAUGAUUUAGUUGAUAGUUUAACAUCGCACAAAGAUAAGACAGAUACGCCAACGCUCAUGGAAAAUACAGGUUCACUGCGUUCGUUGAAAAGUCUAUCGAAGGCACGAACCGCACUCCAGCAAGCGAUCGAAUUGAGUUUACGCACACCACUCUCACUGCGCAAAGCGGUAAUGGAGCGUGCCGAGUCGCUCGAUACACUCUCACCAUGUGAAUCGAUUUGUUCGGAUGAUCUGAUGAUGGAUUUUGAUAUGCAGAGCAGCGUGGACUCGCUCGAUCGUUCUGUAAAAAGUCGAAGCGGCUCAGAUUUGCAUAAAAUUGGCGAAAAUGAAUUAUUUUCAGAGCUGGAUCGCAAAGGCAGUGAUGUGAUGAAAGAACUGAACUCUAUUUUACGUUUGCAUACCAAUAGAAACUCCGACAAGGAUUCGGCUAUCGCCCAUUUGCCCGCUCGUGCUACACGCUUACUAAAUCGUUCGCGUUUGCAACAACAACAGUAUCCCGCUUCAAGCACCAGCGGCCUUCUAGCGAAUGCUGGUGCUGGAGCAUCUGGCGGCGGUGCGGAUUCGGACAGCUCUAAAUCAACACACAGUUUACGACGUAGCGCCAAUGCUUCGCGUGCUUCAAACGCUUCCACGUCAUCGACGAAUGCUUCGCAACCGCUCAGCAGUCAUUACCAUCAUCAGAAACCUUUUCAGCAUCACUACUCACAACUAUAUCGCGAUUCGCACAGUUCCUCGGACGAUCUAAUGUUGUAUGACAAAUCAUUUCGCAAUGCGAUGAUUCAGGAUGUGCUGCAGUUCAAGAAGCAGCUGUUGCGGCUACGACGCAUUUUACAGGAGGACGAAGAACCUUUGAUGAGGACGGAUACUCUCAACCCAUUCGAUGAUGACAAUGGGCAACUCUUCGCUGCCUGUGGCUUGGAUAGCAAACUAUUGGAUGACAUGGACUUGACCAGCUUGGCAUCGUCGAUCGCAGAUGAUCCGAUGGUGGAGUUAGCCGACCUACGAAGACAGGUGGUUUACCUUCAGGGUGAAGUCGAAGAUCGUGAACGUACAAUACGUUUGCAAAAAAAUCAAAUCGAAAGUCUGGAAUCGAAAAAACCGCCAGUAAGAAGUGACAGCACAAAAGAAUGCAUCAAUACAGCAACACAAACCGAAAGGACCCGACCUCUUUCAUACGGUCCAGAAGGAUUGUCAAGAAGUAAGCCCGAGUACACCAGCUAUACGACCCAUUAUCAUCCCGCAGCUAGCUGUGACAACAACAGCCUUUGCAGCAGUGCCACCACCAGCAACAACAGUCUAUGCACACAUCAUCAACAACAAAAACAGCAGCAACACCACUGCAAUGGCAGUAACAAUAAUUUGCCUGCUGCCGCAUCAGAAGCAGCAUCACAACAAAUACGCCGCCACACCAUCAUAUCCACCACUCUGAGCAAUUACAAUCAACAGUUGCCAUUGGCACCGCGACGUGCUUCGAUCGCGUGGGAAAAACCAACAGCGACAGCACCCACAACAGCCGCCACGCUGACCCAGACAUCAGCUGCUGGCACAGCAAUACACGCGCCAACCGCAAACAUUUACAAACCCGUAAAAAUUACACUAAUCGGCGAGCCAUUGAAGCAAUGGCAAUGGAAUGCAGCCAGCAAUGGGAAGACGACUGCUGCUGUGCAAAGUAAUGGCAACACCAGCACAAUCAGCAAUGGUGGCGUCAGAGGUGUAAAGAGUGAAACGAAUGGUGGCGGUGGGGGUGCUGGUGAUGGUAAUUGGAAUGGUCGAAAUAAAAGUAACGGUAAUAGUGAUGGGAUGUGUAAUGGUCUCACCAAUGGCCUUUCCAAAGAGUUCAAGAACGGAUUGUGCAAUGGUGCGGCUGAUUCGUAUGGCAGCAAUGGAUAUUCUCGUACAAAUGGUAGCAGCAAUAAUUACAAGGUAAAAGCAAUUGGCGGUGUUGGCAAUGGCAAGCAGCUGGGUUGCGGUAGUGUUGUUGAUUUGCAUAAUGGCCAACAAAACCAGAUGAUCUAUCAGCAACAACAAAAUCAUCAUGUGCAUAAACCUCAUAUAAAACAGGCGCUGCUUCCACCAGGACAACAACAACAACAACAACAAAAAACACAACUUGCAAGCAGAAAUAGCCAUCAACAGCAGCAAAAGCCACUGCAAGUUUAUCAAACGCCAAAUGGCACUAAUGGCAGUAAUGCCAAUUUCAAUCCAACAGUUACUAUAGUCUGAGCGCGAAUGUAUUUUAGUUACGAAUAGCUUGUAAUGCCUGAGAUUCAUAUACUACAUACAACAUAGAAUUAAUAUAAAUGAAAAUUAAGAACAUUUUUUUUGAAGAAUUUCUGAGAAACUGAAUUUUUGAAUUUUAUAGAAAUUAUGCCUAUGUAUGUACGAAUAAGAUGAAAGCACAAUUUAUAUGUAUUUUGUUAGCCGAGUAAAAACACAAACUUCCUUUUAAUUUUUGUGCGCUAGUGCGUUGACGC